AUGGGAGACCUUGUUCUUUUGCGGAUGCUGUUCGGCAAAUGGUUGAAAGCGAGGAUGGACUCAUCAUGUAGCAACGAGGGUUAUUCCGGUGGCUUCAUCAAGGUGUUCCUGGAGAAGGGUAAAGUGAAGCUCGGUCUGCGGCUGACGCGCGAGAACCUCUACAAUGAAGUCAUCGACCCGUACCGACGCACGUUCCACGACGGCCUCUGGCACCCGUUGAACAUCUACAUCGGCACAAACCUCAUCACGAUGAACAUAGACGACGUGCCCAGCACGACGCUGCGAGUCAUCGACAUCCGGCCCGGCAGCGAGUUCUAUCUCGGAGGUGGCAAAACGAGGGAUAACGAUCGUGGCUUCCUGGGCUGCAUGCGCUACAUCUAUGUCGAGGGUCGUAUCAUUCAUCUAGGACAGCUGGAAGAGGACCAGAUCACUGCCGGAGUCGAACUGGACCGCUGUGCAAUUAUCGACAGGUGCAAUCCGAAUCCCUGCGAGCAUGGAGGUACCUGCUACCAGAACUGGUACGAGUUUUACUGCAUAUGUGGUGGCAAUGGCUACAGUGGAGCUACCUGCCAUACCUCCAUCUACCCGCUGUCGUGUGAUGCUGCUGCACAGGAGCUCGUUCACCAGGUUGGCACGGAGGUCCCGAUGCGCAUAGACCUCGAUGGCAGUGGACCCAUGGCUCCUUUCCCCGUCGUCUGCAAUUACUUCAAGGACGGGCGAGUGGAAACCGUUCUAAAUCACUUCAACAUGGAGCGAACACUGGUCACUGGCUUUCAAGAACCUGGUUCAUAUCGAGAGCAUUCAUUUGUCUACACAUGGGGUGCCAUUGUCUGUGCCAGAUUACGUCACUACGCAGGCACGACGUGGGAUUCCCCGGGCGAGACCAUCCUCACGGCGGGAAGCCUGCUCGAUGACAACCUGUGGCACGACGUCAUUAUCAACCGCUACCUGAGCACCAUCUACCUGAGCGUGGAUCGCGUCACCGUCGAUACGAUGUCACGCGGCGAGUUCUCCUACCUCGACCUCGACCAGUUUGUGUUCUUUGGCGGCGUGCCAAGCUUCAAUCGGCCGGGCAUCAAGAUGCCGCGAAACUUCCGCGGCUGCCUGGAGAGCAUCGUGUUCAAUGGGCGACGCGUGCUCGAGGCCGCGCGCGACAAGAGUCACCGCAUCACGUUCAGCGGAGCCGUCAACUUCAACUGUCUGCGACAAGACAGCAUUCCCGUGACGUUCAUGACACCGGAGAGCUUCAUCAAGGUUCACGGCAUCGUGCGAUCAAAGUCGAUGAACGUCACGCUCAACUUCCGCACCUACAGCGAGGAUGGACUCAUCAUGUACAACGAGGUUGAUUCCGGUGGCUUCAUCAAGGUGUUCCUGGAGAAGGGUAAAGUGAAGCUCGGUCUGCGGCUGACGCGCGAGAACCUCUACAAUGAAGUCAUCGACCCGUACCGACGCACGUUCCACGACGGCCUCUGGCACCCGUUGAACAUCUACAUCGGCACGAACCUCAUCACGAUGAACAUCGACGACGUGCCCAGCACGACGCUGCGAGUCAUCGACAUCCGGCCCGGCAGCGAGUUCUAUCUCGGAGGUGGCAAAACGAGGGAUAACGAUCGUGGCUUCCUGGGAUGCAUGCGCUACAUCUAUGUCGAGGGUCGUAUCAUUCAUCUAGGACAGCUGGAAGAGGACCAGAUCACUGCCGGAGUCGAACUGGACCGCUGUGCAAUUAUCGACAGGUGCAAUCCGAAUCCCUGUGAGCAUGGGGGUACCUGCUACCAGAACUGGUACGAGUUUUACUGCAUAUGUGGUGGCAAUGGCUACAGUGGAGCUACCUGCCAUACCUCCAUCUACCCGCUGUCGUGUGAUGCUGCUGCACAGGAGCUUGUUCACCAGGUCGGCACGGAGGUGCCGAUGCGCAUAGACCUCGAUGGCAGUGGACCCAUGGCUCCUUUCCCCGUCGUCUGCAAUUACUUCAAGGACGGGCGAGUGGAAACCGUUCUAAAUCACUUCAACAUGGAGCGAACACUGGUCACUGGCUUUCAAGAACCUGGUUCAUAUCGAGAGAUCAUGCUGUAUGAUGCCGACGAGCACCAGAUUCACGACAUGGUCAACCGGUCACUCAUCUGUCGCCAGCUGCUGACCUACGAAUGUCGCGGCGCGCGCCUACUCAACUCUGGCUUCGGCCGGAACAUCAACGAACACUUUGAACCGUACAGCUGGUGGGUCGGCCGUACCAACCAGAUGAUGGCAAACUGGGGAGGAGCAAGUCCAGGGUCCGGCAAGUGUCAGUGUGGUGUCACUGAAGACUGCAUCGAGCGUGACAAGUUUUGUAACUGCGACGCGGCGCGGCUUGACGUCUGGGAGACGGACUCCGGCUACAUCACCGAGAAGCAGUUCCUGCCGAUCACGCAGAUCCGCGUCGGCGACACGGGAUCGAUCAGCGACUUCAAGCAGGCCUACUACACCGUUGGGCCGCUCAUCUGCGAGGGAGACAAUCUGUUCGAAAACAUGGUGACGUUCCGACUGCCCGACGCCACCGUCGAUUUCCCAACGUUGGAGACCGGUCGCUCGUUCGACAUUAGCUUCCAGUUCAAGACGGCCAUCGCCAAGGGUGUGCUGAUGGAGUGCAUCGGGCCGGAUAACAACUUUGUACGAAUUAAGCUGGUCGGGCCGCGCGAGAUUCAGUUCCUCUACAACGCCGGCAGCUCGAUCCAGGUGCUGCAGGUGAAAACACCCGACCACAUGGACAACCUCGUAUGGCACAGGGUGCUCGCCGAACGCAAUCGCAAGGAGGCGCGCCUAACCGUCGACGAUUACAAGCCGACGCGCAUCAGCGAAUCGACGGCCACCUUCAGAGAUUUCUACCUGACGAGCGACUUUGUCGUCGGUGCGAGUGUCACGUACGAGGACGGCUUCGUCGGCGUCAUCCGCGGCAUGAUGGUCAACGGCUUCAUGAUGGAUCUCACGCAGGAGGCGAAGCGCAGCCUGUACGGCAUCAGCCUCGGCGAGGUGCCCAAGUGCGGCAGCUCGCCAUGUCUCAACAACGGAACGUGCAUCGAGAGGUACUCGCACUACGAAUGCGACUGCGCGUACACGGCCUUCCGCGGUCCCAUCUGCGCCGACGACAUCGGUAUUGACAUGCAUCAGAGCGACAUGAUCCGUUACGACUUCCCCGACCGCGGCAUGCGCACGACGGUCACCGAGCGUAUCCGGGUUGGCUUCUCCACCGUCGACCGCAAGGGUCUGCUCAUGCAGGUGCGCACGUCCGGCGACGACGUCUUCUCGAUGGAGAUACAGCAGAAUGGCGGGCUGAAGUUUCGCUUCUUCUACGGCUGGGACGUCGAGGAGAUCAACGACAAGCGCAUUCUCGCCAACGGUCAGCACCACGACGUCAUCUUCUACCGCAAGGACGACGGCGCCACCCUCGUCUAUAAGAUUGAUGAUUAUGAGGAAAACAUCUUCCCCUUCAAUCUCGCUCGCAGUCAGGAUACCAAGUUCAAUAACUUACAGACCAUCUAUAUUGGCAGAAAUGAGACGAUGGGGCCUGGGGAAGGAUUCCGAGGUUGCAUCAGUAGGAUGGAGUUUGACGAUCUCUUUCCACUGAAAUCUGUCUUCACUGAGCCACGGCCAGCAAAUGUCUUCAUCAAUAUCAACGGAUCGAUGCGGCAGUCGAAGUGCCACAUUGAGCCGUACACGCACGCUCCGGAAGAGCGAGAGCUGCGCGAGAUCACGACGCAGUUCCCGGACUGGGGCGAUGAGGAGCACCAGCGCGCACGCCUCGCCGGUACCAUCGUGCUCAUAGUUGUUCUGAUCAUACUCUUCAUCCUGCUCGUGCUGUUCGUCGUUCUGCUGUGCCGCUACAUCUCGACAGAGAAGGGUGUCUACAUGACGCAGGAGGACAAGGGAGCGCAGCACGCUAGCACAGCCGACCAGGCGGUCGUACGCGGGCCGACCGGCAUCCCCACCGCUGCCAAGAAGAAGGAGUGGUUCUUGUAAGCGCGCCGUAGCGUUGGUGGCUGGGCUCCUUUGUACAUAGCGUCCGUCUGUGUGAUGUUAAGCUUGCUGUGGACGAGUGUGAUGCAUGCUCUGUUUGCUGCAGUCAUUGUUAUCAGAGGAUUGCAACCAUUGUUAUCAGAGUAUUGCAACCAUUGUUAUCAGAGGAUUGCAACCAUUGUUAUCAGAGGAGUGCACUGCAAUGUAGCAGCCGUCUAUCAGCAUGCAGAGCGGAAGAUUGGGAGUGGUCAGAUGAAUCUGUCGGACAGGAAGGAGAGAGAAAGUGUGAGUGAGCGAGUGCGUGCGUGCGUGCGUGCGAGCGUGCGUGCGCGUGUGUGUGCGCGCGCAUGCGUGAGUGAGAGUGAGCGAGGGAGGGAGUGAGUGAGUGAGUGAGUGAGUGAGUGAGUGAGAUACAUGAACAUUAACAGCUAAGUGAUUAAUAACAACAGGCUCUGUGUCGUAGACGAAAGUAAAGCAUAUGGUCGGCAAACCAAUUAUUUUACUUGGUUUGAAACAGCAAUAGUACUCUAAUAGAAAUUCUCAGGAGGUCAGCGUCUCAAGUGUAAGAUGCCACAAAGAAUUUUAACUGGUAAUCUUAUCUCUCAAGCGACGACCUUUUGCGCAUUCUAUGUGAAAGCAUGUAUUUUUGUAAAACACAUGGCGUUUAUGUUAGAUGUUAUUCUGCUUAGCAUAAUAAAGGGGAAAUUUAAGGGAUUUUGUACACAGUAGGUCACCUUAGGUUGUAUAUCUCAUCAGGAGUGAAUAAGAACUAUUUUUUUAUUCACUCCAAAUGUAAUAAUUCAUCAUCGUGAGGCAACGUGGAGACGAGUGGAAUCUUCAUCAUAUUUACACAUGAGAGUGAUAAGGCCUAUAUAUAAUGAGGGUCACGAAAUUGACUUUAUUCCAUGAAUUGUUGCAACGUUUUGUUUUACCCGUUAGCUUGCAUACUCACGUACCUCGCCUGCACAUCUAGAAGCAUCCACAGUGAAGCGUAGCAGCCGAUAAAUGUCGGAUUAUAGCGCAUGAAUUUUGCAUAAAGAAGCAUGUAAUUUGUUAUAUAUGUGUUGUUGCCGAUGCUAUACGCUGUACCGGCCGGCCGGUUAUCGCGCUUGCUGCGAAUCUGAUGGGAAUGGUGGGAAAUCUAUAAUAUAUCAAGAGCGUAUUAAGUAUACUUAGUAUACUUAAGUAGUACUUAGGUAUACUUAAUACGCUCUUGAUUAUAUUAGAAACGUCGCGUGUGAUAUAGGCACAGGCUGCUGGAUCUCAAACGACUUUUGCUGUGAGUAGCUUGAGAAGACACCCACACUUGCCAUCAUUAUUGCGCCUUGCUAUUGAGUUUUAAUUGCACGAGCAAUCUUGUGCACCUUCGCCCGUCCUUUUAUCAGAUUUUACACCGUUUCUGUUUCAUAUAGUUGUUUCGAUUUCUUGUCGUCUGUAUCUCCUUUUGAGAUCAACAGGUUUUGUACACCAUUGUAUUUUUUAGAAAGUUAGGGGGAGAUGUAAUCUCAUAUGAAAAGCUAAUUUUGAAGGGCCUUAUGUUUCCGUUUGUCACCACCUUUAGUGUCGUCUGCUUUUAAACAUGGAUUUAGUUAUUAGGAAUUAUGAUAUGAGGAUAUUAUAUGAAAUUGUUCGCCGUUUCACCACUUGUUUACAAUAAAAUUAUCAUGUAUACUGAUAAGAUAUUUUA